GCAGAUGUCACUGGCAGUUCCGAGCCAGCUGUGGUUUCCAUAUCGAUAAAUUCAAUACCUGCGGAAAAAUUCAUUAGUGUGAGUUUUAGUCGGCGCGUCCGGGACAUAAACAUCAGAAGCAACAGUUUAAAGAUCAACAUGCUGGAUUCUUACGUCUCGGUGGAAUUCCAAGGGAUCCUCUCGAUCGGCGGUUGAAGUGUCGGCUGCUUGGCGUUUCACGUGGAGACAGAUUAUCGACCGACAGCUUCAGGAUGACCUGGGAAAUAAGCUGGGCCGACAUGUGUCGCGCCUGCAUGGAGGUCGAGGGUGAACUGCUGCCCCUGUACGACGAGCAGAACGAGGCGGAGGAGAACGAUCUGCCUGGGAAACUCGCCGAACUAGCUGGAAUUGAGAUCAACAGAUCUGACGGCCUACCGACGAAACUCUGCGCGAAAUGUGCCUACAAUACUAAUGCAUUUUUGGAGUUCAAAAACUUGGUUCGAGAAAGCGAUCAGAAGCUGAGGGAUAUGUUCAGCGAACAAGUGGUUUCCGAUACAAGGGACGACGAAGCGGAUGACCAAACAAACAAUGAAGUAGAAAAUUCUUUGCCCCAAGAUAAGGAAGUUUACAUCUCCAUUGAUGAUAAGGACAUUAGAUUGUACAGCGAGAAUAUGGAGAAUAUUAACUUGGAUGAAGUAUUAGGAACAACCGAAGAGAAUGUCAGCAGUGGCCCUGUUGUAGUGGACAAUUUAGAACAAGUAGCAAUAGAGUUAGAAAAGAAUGACACGGUCAUUUUGAAGCUAGAUCCAAGUGCCAACAAGACUCUCGGAGUCAAUGAGGAAUUGCAAGAUCUGCAUGUUGUAUUCCAUAAAGAUCAGGUAGCUGAUAUUGAAAGAAUAGCCCAAACAGAGCUGAGUGAGAAUCAAAACAAUUGUGGAAUUGAAGAACCAGAAGCCACAGCUUCUGAGCAACAGACAUCAGUUCCUGAUGAAGAAACAGUGUCUUCCGAAGUGGAUAAGUUAAAAAUUAAAAAAAUUAGAAAAACUAAGAAUAGCGUUAAAAAAGCAUUGGAGAAAAUUGUAGAUGAAGCAAUCGAGGGUGAAACACUGAAGGAGGCUGAUGAAGAUGAAAGUCAGUCUCAGGACAAUGAUAGUGAUUCUGAUUGUGAGGAGAAUGGCGGUGAAAAUGUUGUAGGCAGUCUCAAUGAUACGAUAACUAAAGUAAAGGAAAUCAAGGAAGGAGGAAAGGUUGUGCAGCACCAGUGUACGUUAUGCCUACAAAAUUACCCAGUACUUUCAGAAGCCCUGAAUCAUAUAGUGAAUUUACAUGUGCCAAGUACAGGGCCAUUUUACUGCGUGGUUUGCGAAAAGGAUUGCGAUAGCAUGAAGCACUUGAAAGCGCAUAUUAAAGUACACAAAGGCCCAGCUCCCUAUAAAUGCUUCUUAUGCAACAAAGCGUACGUAAUGAAGAGGUAUCUGAAAAGACAUAUGGCUUGUCAUACAGAAUUUCCCAAACAUCGGUGCUCAAAAUGUGGUGAGAGAUUCAAAGUCAAGAGUGACUUGGAAGAUCAUAUUUUAUCUCAUGGGAGAGGGGCACCUUUCAAAUGCAGUCAGUGUCCUAGAGUAUUUAAUCAUAAGGGUAAUUACAAAAGACAUUUGAUUUCUCAUCUUGACCCUCAGGGCCUCCAUCUGCCAAAAUUUCCAUGUACAGUUUGUAAGAGAAGGUUUUUGAAUAAUCGCACUCUUGUCACGCACAUGCGGGUACACACUGGAGAAAAACCAUUCAAAUGUGAUAACUGUGGCAAAGCAUUUUCACAGCAGGGCAAUCUUUUGAAUCACCAGAAAAUUCAUUCAAAUCCAAGAUGCUUCACGUGUGAAGUUUGCGGCAAAAGUUUUAAUCAAAAGGCUACUUUGAGAGAUCACAGUUUACUGCACUCUGGAGAAAAACCUUACGUCUGCAAUGUCUGUGGAAUGGCGUUUACGUUUACCGCUUCUUUGCGCCGUCAUAUAUGGACACACACAGAUGGCAAACCCUUUGAGUGCGAUAUAUGCAAUGCACAGUUUGUUGGAAGAUACGAUCUCAAACGUCAUAUGAAAAUCCACAAUGGAAAACCCAGUGCAAGAUCCAAAUCAAAGCGUAGGAAAGUUCAAAGGGAAGAAAGCAUAGAGGACGAAGACCAACAAGCAGAAAUGAUCAAUAUCGUAGAAGAAGACCCGUUAGGCGGUACAGAUACUAUUUUUGUUGAACAGAUAUUUGUGUGCGACGAUGCCAUUCAGAUUGUUACCCAAGGAGAAUCUGAAAAGGAAAACGUCGAUUCAAUGAUUGGCCUAAUCGAAUAUUCAUAAAUUAUUUUGAUACACUUUUUAAAAACGUUCGAGUAUUUGAAUAUACUUUGUAAUUUAUUUAUAAAUUGUAAAUAUGUUAAUUUUGUACGCGUCAGGGAUAAGUAUAGUCGGUUACUUAUCAUCACUCAAUGUAGCGAAGGUGUAACAGUAUUUCGUUGUUUACCUCUCGACAGUCGGAGGUAUUUACUCUAAUCAUUUUCGAUUAGUUUCUACCCAUUAUUUUUUAUAAUAAUAUAUAUUAUAUUACGUGCAUGUGAUACAGGUCUACACAAAUAUUCCGCGCAAAUCUCAUAUCACCCGUCUCCGUAAUGCUCCUCGAAGUAAUAAUCAAAAGCGAGAGAUUUCUUAUACUAUUUAGACUACCUUUGUAACGGAAAUAUAUAAGGAAUUGAAAUAAACAAGAUGUCAGCGUAGUGCCAGCAUACCCAUA